AUGCGGUCACUAAGCUACUCUCCUUCUAAUGAAGAGAAGGAUAUCACAGUAAAUCAAGAAGUAGGGAGUGGGGCCGUUACUGUGAAAGAAGAGGAGGACGCGUUCAGAGUGAAAGACGAGGAAGUUUCUGCAGGUGUGGUCCAUGGUUCCAUGAGGUCCCGUGAAUGCCCUGUGUUGCUGUCCCCAUUGCUUGAUGGAAGACCCACAGGGAAGAGAACUCACUGCUGCUCUGACUGUGGGAAGAGAUUCACCUCAUCAGGCAUUAAAAUUCAUCAGAGAACACACACAGGAGAGAAACGUUAUAGCUGUGAUCAAUGUGGAAAGAGUUUUACUUCAUCUGGCAAUCUGACUCAACACCAAAGAACACACACAGGAGAGAAACCUUAUAGUUGUGGUCAAUGUGGGAGGAGUUUUAGUCGAUCUGGAGAUCUGACAGUGCACAAGAGAAUACACACAGGAGAGAAACCUUAUAGCUGUGGUCAAUGUGGGAGGAGUUUUAGUCGAUCUGGAGAUCUGACAGUGCACGAGAGAAUACACACAGGAGAGAAAUCUUAUAGCUGUGGUCAAUGUGGGAAGAGAUUUGCUACACCUGGCCACCUGACUCUACACCAGAGAACACACACAGGAGAGAAUCCGUAUAGCUGUGAUCAAUGUGGGAAGAGAUUUGCAACAUCUGGCUCUCUGACUCUACACCAGAGAACACACACAGGAGAGAAACCUUAUAGCUGUGGUCAAUGUGGGAGGAGUUUUAGUCGAUCUGGAGAUCUGACAGUGCACAAGAGAAUACACACAGGAGAGAAACCUUAUAGCUGUGAACAGUGUGGGAAGAGAUUUACUCAGUCACACAGCCUGAUACACCACCAGAGAAUACACACAGGAGAGAAACCUUAUAGCUGUGAUCAAUGUGGGAAGAGAUUUGUGACACCUGGCCACCUGACUCUACACCAGAGAACACACACAGGAGAGAAUCCGUAUAGCUGUGAUCAAUGUGGGAAGCGAUUUGCAACAUCUGGCCACCUGACUCUACACCAGAGAACACACACAGGAGAGAAACCUUAUAGCUGUGGUCAAUGUGGGAGGAGCUUUAGUCGAUCUGGAGAUCUGACAGUGCACAAGAGAAUACACACAGGAGAGAAACCUUAUAGCUGUGAUCAAUGUGGGAAGGGAUUUGCUACAUCGGGCAACCUGACUCUACACCAGAGAACCCACACAGGAGAGAAACCUUAUAGCUGUGGUCAAUGUGGGAGGAGCUUUAGUCGAUCUGGAGAUCUGACAGUGCACAAGAGAAUACACACAGGAGAGAAACCUUAUAGCUGUGAUCAAUGUGGGAAGAGAUUUGCUACACCUGGCCACCUGACUCUACACCAGAGAACACACACAGGAGAGAAACCGUAUUGCUGUGAUCAAUGUGGGAAGAGUUUUAGUCGAUCUGGAGAUCUGACAGUGCACAAGAGAAUACACACAGGAGAGAAAUCUUAUAGCUGUGAUCAGUGUGGGAAUAGAUUUACUCAGUCACACAGCCUGAUACACCACCAGAGAAUACACACAGGAGAGAAACCUUGUAGCUGUGGUCAAUGUGGGAAGAGUUUUGUUCAAGCUUGCCAUCUGACUCAACACCAGAGAACACACAGGAUUGAAAUCUCAUAGCUGUGACCAGAGAUAAUCUGAUAAAAGAUCUCUGAUCAAAUAUUAGGAAAUACAUACAUGAAGUAGUUGUUUCAUGUGCCCACUUAUGAAUUGAUAUCAACGUGUUAUGGAUAUUAGCCUCAUGGGGAAAAAUCCAGGCUCUGAAAUGGAAGAGUACUAUUUAUGUGAUUUAACAAAAUUGACAAACAAAAAAAGAGUUUGGAUCAAAUCAAAUGUAU